AAACAACACGAAGAAGAAGACUAAGCACGGGCUCAGCUCGACCACAGGAGCGGAGACUUUGAAACAAAGUGCAGCCUGUUGCUUGAACGCUACCGAAGCAGAAUGUCGUGGCUCUUCGGCUGGGGCUGGGGCUCCGGGGCUCCGCCGGUGGAGGAGCAGACAGCGGCUGGUGCUGAAGGGGCCGGGGGUGCACCGGGAGGCGGCGGCUCGGGGGGAGACAAACCCGGGGACAAGUGGAGUAACUUUGACCCGACGGGGCUGGAGAGAGCUGCAAAAGCUGCAAAGGACCUCGACAAAUCACGACAUGCCAAAGAAGCGUUGGGGCUGGCUCGUAUGCAGGAGCAGACCGUUCAGCUGGAGCAUGAGAGUAAAGUGAAAGAAUAUGAAGCGGCCGUGGAGCAGCUGAAGGGAGAGCAGAUCCACCUGCAGGGCGAGGAGAGACGCAAAACGCUGGCAGAGGAGACAAAGCAAAACCAGGCGAGGGCACAAUUUCAAGACAAACUUGCCAGACAGAGAUAUGAUGAUCAGCUCAGGCAACAGCAAUUUCUCAACGAAGAGAACCUUCGCAAACAAGAAGACUCGGUUGUGAAGCAAGAGUCCAUGAGAAAGGCUACCAUCGAACAUGAAAUGGAGCUGAGACGCAAGAACGACCUGAUUCGCGUUGAAGCGGAGGCCAAAGCCCGCGCCCAGGUGGAGAGAGAGAACGCCGACCUCAUCCGGGAGCAGAUCCGCCUGAAGGCUGCCGAACACAGACAAACUGUCCUGGAAUCUAUAACGACGGCCGGAGCGGUGUUCGGGGAGGGAUUCAGGGCCUUCGUCUCCGACUGGGACAAACUCACCGCCACGGUUGCUGGGUUGACCCUGUUGGCAGCAGGGGUGUAUACGGCCAGGAAUGCCACGGCGGUGGCCGGGAGAUACAUAGAGGCUCGCCUGGGCAGACCCUCGCUGGUCCGAGAGACCUCCAGGAUAACCGUCGCUGAGGCCAUCAAACACCCGAUAAAGACGACCAAGCGUCUGAGAAGCAGGCCGCAGGACGCCUUGGAGGGCGUGGUGCUCAGUGCAGCUUUGGAGGGGCGUGUGAGGGACGUUGCCAUCGCCACUCGGAACACCCGGCAGAACAAAGGCUUGUACAGAAACAUCCUGAUGUACGGACCCCCCGGAACUGGAAAAACACUCUUCGCCAAGAAACUGGCUCUCCAUUCAGGGAUGGACUAUGCCAUCAUGACAGGUGGCGACGUGGCACCCCUGGGGCGCGAUGGAGUCACUGCCAUGCACAAGGUGUUCGACUGGGCCAGCACCAGCAGGCGAGGCGUCUUGCUGUUCGUAGAUGAAGCUGAUGCGUUCCUGCGUAAGCGAUCCACAGAGAAAAUCAGCGAGGACCUCAGAGCCACCCUGAAUGCAUUCCUCUACCGCACCGGGGAGCAGAGCAACAAGUUCAUGCUGGUGCUUGCCAGUAACCAGCCUGAGCAGUUCGACUGGGCCAUCAACGACCGCAUUGAUGAGAUUGUGAACUUUGCGCUACCUGGUCUGGACGAGAGGGAAAGAUUGGUGCGCAUGUAUUUCGACAAAUUUGUGCUGGGUCCUGCCACUACAGGGAGACAGAGGUUGAAGUUGGCUCAGUUCGACUACGGCCAGAAGUGUUCAGACAUCGCAAAGCGAGCAGAAGGCAUGUCCGGUCGGGAAAUCUCCAAACUUGGUGUUGCCUGGCAGGCUGCUGCAUACUCUUCCGAAGAUGGAGUUUUGACCGAAGCGAUGAUUGACUCAAGGGUCGAUGAUGCCGUCAAGCAGCAUGCGCAGAAAAUGGACUGGCUGAUGAUGGAAGCAGGUGAGGGGGCCGGGAAGGUCGGCGUACUCCUCCCGAGGGAAAUGGCUGCAGGGCUUGCGGCCCAGGAAGCGGCUUCCCUUGCACAGCCCGAAGAUGCAACCCCGACGGCACAACAAGUCCUUCCACUUCUGGGGCUUAUGAGCAACUCGGCCCUGGCAGAAGCAGCCGCCCUACCUAUAGAGGUGGAGGCAGAUGCUAUCCUCAAAGAGGCAGCCACUUUGGUUAAAGACAGUGAAGCUGUGGCCGCGACAACUGCGGGAGCUCCUGUCUCGAUUGAAACGGUUGAAACCAUUGUUGACACGGCUGCUGCUGCCCCGUUGGUGCAGGAGGCUGAGGCCAUCAAGGACCUGACGGAGGAGGUCCUUGGCACAGCCGUAGCUACUGAGAUCCUUGUUCCCGAGGUGACGGAUAUAGUCACUGAGGUUAAAGAGGCCGAGGGUGCUGUGAUUGCUGCUGAGAGUAAGGAAGAGCCAACUGCUGAUGUCGCUGUGCAACAGGCGGAGGCCAUUGAAGUAGUCAAGGAGGAAAAUGAUGUCGUAGCACACUCGGAAAUGACCGUCUCUGCUGUCGCUCUGGAGAAGGAAUUGGAUGCUGUUGUCUCUAACGUUGUCCAGGAGCCUGAGGCCGUAGAAGCCAUAAAGGCUGCAGAGGAAUUGGCAACGGAUGCUGUAAAGGUUGCAGAGGAAAUUGCAAACAAUGUAGCUGAAGUGUCUGAGUCCCUGGCAAACAUUGCCAAAGAGGCUGAGGCAAUAGCAACUGAUGUGGCCAAGGUGGCCGAUGCUGUAGUGACCAUCACCGAGGAGAUCGGGGCAGUAGUCACGAAGGAGACUGAAGCGAUUGGAAGUGACGUUGCCAAGGACCCGAUUGAGGUUGUAGCGGAAACUGCAUCCGAGGUUACUAAAGAGCUUGAAGUGAAAGUGACGGAUGUGGUCAACAGGUCAGAGAAUAUUGCCACAGAGGUCGUUAAGGAGGUCGAACCCGCGAUGACCGAGACCGCUGCCAAGGUUGCUGAAGACAUCUCAACAGAGCCUGCCAUUGAAACGGAAGCCACGGUUUCGGAGGAAGUCAAGGAGCCUCAGACUACUGUCAAUGAGUUUGUCGCAGAGGGUCAGACUUUGACUACAGAGGUUGCUGCUAAGGAAGCCAAGGUCACACCAGCAGAGGUUUCCAUGGAAGCCAAAGUCACACCAACAGAGGUUUCCAUGGAGGCCGAGGUCACACCAGCAGAGGUUUCCAUGGAAGCCAAAGUCACACCAACAGAGGUUUCCAUGGAGGCCGAGGUCACACCAACAGAGGUUUCCAUGGAGGCCGAAGUCACACCAGCAGAGGUUUCCAUGGAAGCCAAAGUCACACCAACAGAGGUUUCCAUGGAGGCCGAGGUCACACCAACAGAGGUUUCCAUGGAGGCCGAGGUCACACCAGCAGAGGUUUCCAUGGAGGCCGAGGUCACACCAACAGAGGUUUCCAUGGAAGCAGAGGUCACACCAACAGAGGUUUCCAUGGAGGCCGAGGUCACACCAGCAGAGGUUUCCAUAGAAGCCAAAGUCACACCAGCAGAGGUUUCCAUGGAAGCAGAGGUCACACCAACAGAGGUUUCCAUGGAGGCCGAGGUCACACCAGCAGAGGUUUCCAUGGAAGCCAAAGUCACACCAGCAGAGGUUUCCAUGGAAGCCAAAGUCACACCAGCAGAGGUUUCCAUGGAAGCAGAGGUCACACCAGCAGAGGUCACACCAGCAGAGGUUUCCAUGGAAGCCGAGGUCACACCAGCAGAGGUUUCCAUGGAAGCCGAGGUCACCAUAGAAACCAAGGUCGAUGCAGACGCCGUCGCGUCGGAACAGUCUGAGAAACUAGAGAGUCCAACUACAGAGAAGUCUGCGGACUCCCAGACUCCCGGGACCGAAGGGGCUGAGCCCGGUCCAACUGAGAAGCCUCUCUCAAAGAAACAGAGCGCAGAUGACAAAGCACCAGCCAAGCCCGGUCCAACGAAAUGAUCACUUGAAAACUUCGAUGAAAGGCGAAUGUGAAAGACGAGUUAUUGUAAUUUUUAAACACUCUAAACAUUUAACCUCAAAUUCUGUCUACUCUUCUACCAAUAUGUGUGUAACCCAAGUACUGUGACUGCCAACAAGGUAAUCAUUUGAUUACGGCCUGUAGGUUUGCAAGAGUCUGAAUUAAAGCACUUGUGGACCGUC